UUUUUGACCCUUUGUUGGUAGAAGAGGAAGAAUGAGGAAAUUAUUGGAACACGUGGGCGUAGGAUUGGGUAGAGAGAUCAAGUUAGUAGCAACAUGUAGCGGUGAUUGUACAAUAAAAAUAUUUUCAUUAUUGGACAAAAGUUGUAUUAAAACACUUGAAGGACAUCAAUUUGCAGUUUUAUCAAUUCUUUUUAUUGAAAAUUCGUCAAAAUUAAUUUCUGUUGAUGGAGGGGGAAUUUUAAGAUUAUGGAAUGUUAAAAAAGGAAUCUGUGAAUGUGUGGAAGAAGGACAUAAUGAAAAGAUUUGGUCUUUGAGAGAAUUACCUAGUGAUAUUAAUUUACAACAAAAAAGCGAGGACAUUGAAGAAGAAACUGGUGAUUUAAAUAAAUUAUCCGAUUCAUAUUGGAUUACUGGUGCUGCCGAUGGUUUGCUUACUAUUUGGAGAGAUAAUACAAAAAUUAUGAAAGCUUUAACACAAAAAGAGGCAACUAAAAAAAUUACUGAUCAACAAACACUUUCCAAUUUAUUACAACAAAAUCAUCUUUUUGAGGCAUUGCUUUAUACGUUGGAUUUGGAUUUGCCUUUUCAAUGUCUAAAAAUUUUGCAACGACUAUCGUCUGAUAUUGUAGCCACCUCGGAUAAUGAUCAAUUACAAAAAUUAAUUAAUAUAAUUAAAAAAUUGUCAAAAAUUCAAUUAUCUGCAUUACUUGGAUAUUCAACACAAUGGAAUACAAAUAGCAGAACAUAUUCUGUUGCCCAGCUAGUUUUAAAUUGUGUUUUGAGGGCUAUACCACCAGAAGAAUUGAUGGAAUUACCCAAUAUAGAAAAUAUUGUACAACGAUUUUUGCCUUAUUCAUUAAGACACCAAGAACGAAUAAAAAAUUUCCGUAAAAGUGCUGCUCAUAUUGAUUAUAUGUUUUCUUCUAUGCGUUUAAAUGAAAUUUAA